AUCAAUUUCUGGAUUUUUGUUUUUUUUGUAACAAAUUCCCACAGCCACAUAACAUAAAAAUCAAAAUUAACCAAACAUUAUUUUCUUGAAAAUUUCCCUAUAAAUCCCCAUUUGAAUUUGAUAAAUGUUUAUAUCGUGUCACAAUGGCAAGCAUAGUGUGUCCAAAACUCGGUGGUUUUCCGGCGAGAUGCCGCCAAUGGAAGUUACCUCGGAUUCAGUUUUUGGAGAAAAAUAUGUACACGGUUUGGGAAAAGCAAGGAUUUAAUUGUCAGAAAUCCAUCAAAACUCCUCAUGCUUUGGCAACAGAAGUUUCUUUCAAGGCAUCAACUCCUCUCAAUGAUAAAGAUAGCAUGCUGGCAAACUAUGUGCCAAUCUACGUUAUGCUUCAGAAAGAACGACUUACAAGAGAGAAAUUGGAAAUCAUAACAAACGAUAAUGUUCUCAAAGACAAAGAAGGUCUCGAGAAGCAGCUAAAGCAGUUGAAGGACGCAGGCGUUGAUGGUGUGAUGUGUGACGUAUGGUGGGGGAUCGUUGAAUCCAAAGGACCUAAAGAGUACGAUUGGAGAGCUUACCGAACUUUAUUUCAACUUGUUCAAGAUUGUAAAAUGAAAAUGCAAGUGGUCAUGUCAUUCCACCAAUGCGGUGGGAAUAUUGGGGACGUUGUCAACAUCCCCAUCCCACACUGGGUUCGUGACGUAGGCGUCACGGACCCAGAUAUAUUUUAUACUGACAGAGUAGGGAAUCGUAACGUGGAAUAUCUCACGAUUGGUGUAGACAAUCAACCGCUCUUUGGUGGUCGGACUGCAAUUGAGAUGUAUAGUGACUACAUGAAGAGCUUCAAAGAGAACAUGGUUGACUUUUUAGAAGCGGAAUUGUUUACGGAUAUUGAAGUUGGGCUUGGCCCUGCAGGAGAGCUCAGGUACCCCUCCUACCCGCAGAGCCAGGGUUGGGCUUUCCCAGGUAUAGGUGAAUUUCAGUGCUACGACAAAUAUCUCAAAGCGGAUUUUGAAGAGGCUACAACAAAAGUGGGACACCCAGACUGGGAAUUUCCAAAUGAUGCGGGAGAAUAUAAUAAUAAACCAAACGAAACGGGUUUUUUUGGAUCAGAAGGUUAUCUUAGUGAAAAAGGGAAGUUCUUUUUGACUUGGUAUUCCAACAAGUUAUUGAUCCAUGGUGAUGAGAUCUUGGAAGAAGCCAACAAAGCCUUCAUGGGUUGUAAAGUGAAGUUAGCUUGCAAGAUAUCAGGAAUCCAUUGGUGGUAUAAAGAUGAAACUCAUGCUGCAGAGUUAACAGCUGGAUAUUAUAAUUUGAAUGAUAGAGAUGGAUAUUGCCCUAUUGCAAGAAUGCUUUCAAGGCAUUAUGCUGCUUUUAAUUUCACUUGUUUGGAGAUGAGGGACUCUGAACAACCUACAUCUGCAAAAAGUGGACCUCAAGAACUUGUCCAACAGGUGUUUACAGCAGUGAAAAGAGAGGAAGGAAUUAUGGCAGGUGAAAAUGCACUUGAAAGAUAUGAUUAUAAAGCUUACAAUCAAAUUCUUUUGAGUGUGAGGCCAAAUGGAAUCAAUAGAAAAGAAUCACCAAAACUGAAAAUGGAAGCAUUGACUUUUCUUCGAUUAGGAGAUGAUUUGCUUUUAAAGAAGAAUUAUAAUCUAUUCAAAAGAUUUGUGAAGAAACUCCAUGCUGAUCAGGAGUAUUGUUCAGAUCUACGGAAAUAUUCAACUGUGGUUCCAUUGGAGAGAUCAAAACCCAAGAUUCCAAUUGAAGAACUUCUAGAAGCAACUGAACGGAUUGAAUCAUUCCCUUUUGAUGAUCAUACAGACAUGAGUGUUGGAGGUCAGCUUAAUGAUUUUAUUGAUGGUUUCUUCAACAUGAUUCCAUUCUUCUAAAAUAUCAAUCGAAAGUGUAUACAAAGUUCCGAUGCAAGAUCGCACGUGUCGAGUACAUAAAAACAAAAAAUUAGAAUGUUUUGUAACGUAAAAAGGAUAAAAAGAUAAAAUCGUGAUCCUAGAGUAUCAUCUGAAAAUGAUUUGUUAAGAUCGUAAUUUUCAAACUAUACAUCAUUCGAUUUGCAUUUUGCAUAGCCCUAACUAUCACAAGCCAAGCAUUUGGAUUUGGUAAUCGGAAGAUUCAGCGUCUUGAUCUUAUGUUCUAUCGCGCAUUUCAUCAAACAGUUCUAGUGCGUACCUGAUAUCCCCAAAUAUUAACGCUUCAUCUGGUGGAAUUUAACUUGCAUAUAAAAGGAUCGAUACAUGCAGCUGAUGGAUCGAUAAAAGACUUGGAUUCUUCUAUGAUUCGAUCGAUUUCUCCAUAGAAAGUUGGAUCUCUUUGAAGCUAUGCCCGCCUUAGCAUGAGAGACAAAAAAAACUCAAAAGGCUAAUGUUGCAGAUUCAGAAAAUACAGUUAAUAAACAGUUACUAAAAUGUCCCUGAACUUAGACCUAACAUGCAACUAUGGUCCAAAUACUAUUUUUGUUUCAUUAACAGCCCUAAACUUGAACUACCUCAUACAAUUUGGGAUAAUGACUUAGGAGACCAUUGAAGUUUCAAAUUUGUUAAAAAAACACCAUUCAAGUAUUACAUGUUCAAAAAACACCAUCAAACUAAGGCAUAUGUUUAAAAAACACCAACGAAGUACAUAUUCUAUUUAAAAAACAUCAUUUCCAUGGUUUGAGGUAACUACAUGUUUGACCCCUAACUUUUUUUUCUUAACUCGGACGGUCCCUAGCGUUUAUAUUUAUUUUGCCUUCGGACCAUGAUCGAGUUAAAAGACUAAUAUACCCUUAAUAGUUUCAUUUAACAUUUAUUUUUAUUACUUGUUAAUUAUUUAAACAAUCGAUAUAUUUAUAAAAAAAUAAUAACAUAAAUUGUAUAAAUAAUUAAUAAAUAAUAAAAAUAAUGUUAAAUGAAAGUAAUAAGCGUGUAUUAGUCUUUUAACUCGAUAAGGGUCUAAAGUCGAAGCAAAUUUAAACUAAAGGGGCUGUCCAAGUUAAGAAAAAAAGUUAGGGACUAAAUAUGUAAGUUACUCCAAACCAUAGAUAUGAUAGUUUUUGAACAUAACAUGUACUUCGUUGAUGUUUUUUUUAACAUAUGUCUUAGUUUGAUGGUGUUUUUUAAACAUGUAAUACUUGAAUGGUUUUUUUUAACGAAUUUGAAACUUCGAUGGUUUUUUAAGUCAUUUUCCCCAUACAAUUUAGUCCAAGUAGUCAAAAGUCUUGUGCACAUGACUAUGUUUACGAGUAAUAAAUAUAUUUAUUUUUAUCAUCCUCUUUAGACCAUAUAGUUAUUUGUAUCAUCCUCUUUAGACCAUCUACACGAAGUUAAAUGAUAUUGAU